CUCCCUUGCAGUAACAAGCCCCAUGAGGGAAAGCCCCCAGAUCGAGGGCUUGGUCAGGCUAAUUUUAACAUUUAAAUAUAGGUUAUUACCUUAGAACUAACACGUUAUUAUUUUCCAUAGCUUUAUUUUUCUAUUUCGGUCCUAAUUUAGCUUAUCAUCAGCUGCCACAGAUCAUUUUCAUAAAGAUUAAGGAAUAUAGUGAUAUUGUAGAUGAGUUAGCUCUAAUGAUAAAAAACUUCAGAUUCUUUUUCUUAUUUUUUUUUUCUUGUUCCUUGGCCAACUGUAAUUUCUAAAAUAGUAUUUUUCAAUUUCUGAACCCCAGAAAUUCUGAAGAUGAUUGUCCCCUGAAUAUACUAAGGGAGCCAUGCUUUGCCAAUUUAUUUUAGAAAGUUAAGUUUUCUUUUAUGGUAUGAAUUGGGCCUCCUUAACGUACAUAUUUUCAGUUUGGAUUUUGUGACAUGCUCAAAAGCAGGACACAUUUGUGAACCUCAGAGUGGUAGCAAGGAACAUGGGAAUGAGGGGUCGAUUGUCUUCCUGACAUUGUGACCAACCAGGAAUAGAUUCGUGCGUCUUAACAGCCACUCACUUACUGCCACCACAUGUCUUUAAUUUUAUAUAUUCAAGCUUGAAGGGGCUUUUAGCAUUUCUGGAAACUACCACAGCUGUAGUCACAAGUUGCAGUUGGCUUAAUAGAAUUUCCAGGGGGCAGCCACUCAGGAUUUCUUGAUUUAACCCCACCAUAUCCAACUGCUCAUUCAAAGACACUGGAUGAACAAUAUUUUAACAAUUUAUUAAAAAGGGCUACCAAUAAUAUUAAGAAGUUUGAAAAAAGAACAUUUGUUUUGUGCCAGGCACCAUUCUGUGGACGUCACUUCUCAUUUUUGCGUUUUAACUUCUGGCCCUUCUCUGCAUAUUUUUACCUUUGUGUAGCUGUAGUUAACAGUACUAUUUUGUAUUCUUUUCCACUUUAAAUUAUAUGUUUUAAACAUUUCCUGUGCUUUUACAUAAUAAAAUCAUGUAAAGUUUUAUUUAUUAUAAAUAAUUAAAUAAAAAUAAAUUUAAUUUUUAGCUGUGAAGUAUUUUCUCAUGUUAAUUUACUGUACUGAACAUUUUAACAUCUUUUUUAAUAUAAUUUGAGAACAAUAUGUUGAAGGAAAUAAGAUCUUAAGAUAUCACUGAUGCUUUUUUUUAAUUAGAAAAGUUGUAGGUUUACAGAAAAAUCAUUCAGAAAAUAGAAUGCCCAUACAUCCACCCCCAUUAACAUUUUGCAUUAGUGUUUCACUAAUUCUUAACCUUUCUUUACCAAAUUACCUUAACAGUAGCUUGAAGUCAAAAUGCCUCUCCACUGGUUUGCGCACUUGGCCUGGACCCCUGUAUAUCUAGGAGCAUCCACCAAGCUAGCUUAGGUGUCCACAUUUAGACCAUUACCUUGUGUCUGCCUAGGCCAUUUAAACUUAACUCAGGGAAUAGGUUGCCUUUUUUUUUUAAACCAUUUUAUUGAAAUAUGAACUACCAAAAAGUUCACCUAUUUGAAGUAUACUAGUUUGCCUUCUUAAUCUCUACUUUCUGGGCUUUCUGUUUCUUCUCCACACAUCAUGAAGAAAGCUGACAAGUAAAGCCUCUUACCACAGAAAACAUGAUGUUUCUCUCCAAAUGCUAUUCCCUUCGGCACACUCAAGCUUUUUAUACUUUUCCAUUUCAACAAAUGAUGGCUGAAGCUCCUAAUAUGGAAAUUAUGAACGAACAGCAAAUGCCAGCAGAAGUUCCAGAUCCAGCUCCUGCUCAGGAACUUGUACAAGAAGCUCCAAAAGGAAGAAAAAGAAAACCCAGAACAACAGAACCAAAAAAACCAGUGGAACCCAAAAAGCCUGCUGAGCCAAAAAAGUCUGGCAAGUCCACAAAAUCAAAAGAAAAACAAGAAAAAAUUACAGAUACUUUUAAAGUAAAAAGAAAAGUAGACCGUUUUAAUGGUGUUUCAGAAGCUGAACUUUUGACCAAGACUCUUCCUGAUAUUUUGACCUUCAAUCUGGACAUUGUGAUUAUUGGCAUAAACCCAGGACUGAUGGCUGCUUACAAAGGGCAUCAUUACCCUGGACCUGGAAACCAUUUCUGGAAGUGUCUGUUUAUGUCAGGGCUGAGUGAGGUCCAGUUGAGUCACAUGGAUGACCAUACUUUACCUGGGAAGUAUGGUAUUGGAUUUACCAACAUGGUGGAAAGGACAACGCCAGGCAGCAAGGAUCUUUCCAGUAAAGAAUUUCGUGAAGGAGGACGUAUUCUGGUGCAGAAAUUACAGAAAUAUCAGCCACGAAUAGCAGUGUUUAAUGGAAAAUGUAUUUAUGAAAUUUUUAGUAAAGAAGUUUUUGGAGUAAAGGUUAAGAACUUAGAAUUUGGGCUUCAACCCCAUAAGAUCCCAGAUACAGAAACUCUCUGCUAUGUUAUGCCAUCAUCCAGUGCAAGGUGUGCUCAGUUUCCUCGAGCCCAGGACAAAGUUCAUUACUACAUUAAACUGAAGGACUUACGGGAUCAGUUGAAAGGCAUUGAACGCAACACAGACGUUCAGGAGGUGCAAUAUACAUUUGACUUACAGCUUGCCCAAGAGGAUGCAAAGAAGAUGGCUGUUAAGGAAGAAAAAUAUGAUCCGGGUUAUGAAGCAGCAUAUGGUGGUGCUUACAGUGAAAAUCCAUGCAACAGUGAACCUUGCAGCUUCUCUUCAAAUGGGCUAACAGCUGACAAUGCACAGUUAAGUGGAGAACCAACUUUCAGUGAUGUUUCAAAUGGGCACUGGAUGACCCAAUCGUUUACAGACCAGAUUCCAGUCUUUAAUAACUGUGGGACACAAGAACAGGAAGAAGGAAACCAUGCUUAAGAAUGGUAUUUCUCAACUCUGCUUAAAUUCUGCAGUUUUAAUGCAGUUGUCAAGAAGUGGACCUCAGUUCGCUAAUUGAAGAGUUUUAUUAGUGUUUUACUCUGGUGGUAUAAUUAUAGUUUAGAAAGUUGUGUGGUAGAAUCAACUGUGUGAACUUGGUAGUUUGGAAUAAGAAAGUAGGAUUUUUUAUAUAUGAGUUUUUGUAUUUGAAUUAACCAUCAUUCCAGUUUUUUAUAAAUGUAUUUCAUUUUUGAAAAAAAAAUUGAUUUUCUUUUGAGAGUCACUUUUAAUCUGUAAUUUUUAAAUGCAACAGUCUGAAUAUAUAUAGUUGAUUCUUAACUGUGCAUAAAUUUAGAUGCACUGUUAACCCCUUUUAUGCCUAAGAAGGGUAUGAUAAUAGUUAAGAAUUAGUACUGGUAAAAAGACAGAUGUGUUGGUUUCCAUACAUGAAGUUAACCUUCAGUGGAGUCUCAUUUGUUCAUUUUUAGAAGUGUUUAAUGGGUUCCCUGAGUCAUAUUCACACUCAGACCUCUGCUUUACCAGUGGUGUACAUUUGUGACAGGUGCUAAAUAGUAGAAAUGUUGAGUAUGUUCUUGCUUCAGGAAAGCUAAAUCGGCCUGCCCUAACAGGGCAUUGAACCCUGGCUGUGGUCUCCUCAUCCCUGUUGUUCAUCCUCCAGGAUUAACUAGACCAUUCUGUUGGGGAGGUAAGCUCCAGGGAAUGCAGUAGACCUUUUAAAUUUUGUCACUUCAUCUUCAUCUGUGAUUUACUUGAGAGACAGAAAUUUGAUAGGGAAGAAACUGGAUUUCUGUCUCAAUAUCUAUCACCAUUCUGAUUUUAUCCUCCUUGGCAUUAUGGAUAUGACCUGGGAAGUGGUAAGAAAUGAACUUCAAAACUGAGCAACAAGAUACUAGAGUUGUUUGAUAAUCUUAUUUAAACUGGGGAUUUAUGUACAUGGAAUGUACAUAAAAUAAAUUAUAUAGACUUAUUCUUGCUUAUUAGAUAUAAGCAGAUAAUUUUUAAAAAUCGUUUCUCUGUAUCAUUGGAGUUUAUUACUGUGGACUAAGUGAACCUCAUAGAAAGGUUAGUUUGAAGUAUGUAUCUUUGUGAUUUUCUAAUGCAUUUUCCAUGGUGCUACAAAUAGUCUAGAACUACUAAGUCUGGUGCAUAUCAAAGCUGGAUAUUCUGAAUUGCCAUUUGCAUUCAUGCCUAGUGAACCUGAAUAUUCUGAUUUCGCACAUACCCAGGGAGCAUGCUGUUUUUUCAAUAUGAAAUAUUUAUGAGGUAGUUUGUUGUUUUGUUGUUUUUUUUCCGGGAAGUUAGGUGGCCUGUUUUUCUCUUUAUAAUAAGAGAAACAAAUUCUUGUUGUGAAGUUUAACAUGCUUUUUAGUUGUGGCUAUGAUGGAAUUCUUUUUUCCUUCAAUCUAGGUCAAACUGUGUAAAAGUCACUCAUGUUAUUUAAAUGAUGUACUGUAUUGCUGUUUACAUGACAUUUUAUGCAGGUGCUUUGAAGUGCCUUGCAUCAGGGAUUAGAAGUAAUUGAAUUAUUUUUUAUGGGAUUAUGUAAAGCAUGUAACUAGGUAUUGCUUUGGUAUAUAACUAUUGUAGCUUUCCAAUAGAAUUUUUAUUUGAGUGGGGAAAAUGCCCUUUAAAUUAUGAUGGACUGUUAACUUGAGAAUGAGGUUGAGGAUUUUCCAAGCAUACAAUAAUGGUGUUUUUCACUAAACAUGACAAAUGAGUAGUGAAUGUUAAUUUAUCCUGUAUAUGACAGCCUAACACUUUAAUUAAAUAAUAUUGGAAAUGUUUUUAAAUUCAUUUGAAAAUCUGAUGGUUUUUACAAUAAAAAAUAUUAAUAAUG